CGGCAUUCAGAAUGGCAGGCUUGUCCACUUUAAUCCUCCUUUUGUGUGCUGCUAAAGAUGUGAUGCCCUCCAGUUCUCACUGGAAGCCAACUUGGCCAUCUUACAGAGUUCCAGUUAUCCUGCCACAAUCUACCCUUAACUUGGACAAACCACAGUUUGAUGCUGAAGCCAGAUUGGAAGUGGUAUCUCCCUGUGGCCCAACAUGCCACAAAAGUUCUCCGCUGCCAACUUAUGAAGAAGUGAAGAACUACCUGUCCUAUGAAACUUUGUAUGCUAAUGGUAGCCUCACUGAAACUGAAGUGGGCAUAUAUAUUCUGAGCAACAGCGGUGAUGGGUCUCGAGGCAAAUCUCGAACUAAGAGGCAGAUCUAUGGCUAUGACAGCAGGUUUAGCAUUUUUGGGAAGGACUUCUUGUUGAAUUACCCGUUCUCCACAUCGGUGAAGCUAUCUACAGGUUGCACGGGGACGCUAGUGGCUGAAAAGCAUGUUCUUACUGCUGCUCAUUGCAUUCAUGAUGGCAAGAGCUAUGUCAAAGGAGCUCAGAAACUGCGAGUGGGGUUCCUAAAGCCCAAACUGAAAGAUGGCAGCAAAGGGGCCAAUAUCACCAACUCAGCAAUGCCUGAGAAAAUGAAAUUCCAGUGGAUCCGAGUGAAACGGACACAUGUCCCCAAAGGAUGGAUCAAAGGCAAUGCCAAUGACAUUGGCAUGGAUUAUGACUAUGCCCUGCUGGAGCUCAAGAAGCCUCAUAAAAGAAAGUUUAUGAAGAUAGGUGUGAGCCCACCAGCAAGACAAUUGCCUGGAGGGAGGAUUCACUUCUCUGGCUACGACAAUGAUCGUCCAGGAAACUUGGUUUACCGUUUCUGUGAUGUCAAAGAUGAAACGUAUGACCUGUUGUACCAGCAGUGUGAUGCCCAGCCAGGUGCGAGUGGAUCUGGGGUGUACGUGAGGAUGUGGAAGAGGCAGAAUCACAAAUGGGAGCGUAAAAUUAUUGGAAUAUUUUCAGGCCAUCAGUGGGUGGACAUGAAUGGCACCCCACAGGAUUUCAAUGUAGCUGUUCGCAUCACACCCCUCAAAUACGCACAGAUCUGUUACUGGAUCAAAGGCAACUACCUUGACUGCAGGGAAGGCUAAAGACAAUGAAACUCCUUGAAAGCACUUAAUGACUGGUUUUAAUUUCUCAUCUGAGGAGAGGGUAGACUUCUGCUGCAAAUGCAUGUGAUAGGAUCUUGUAACAUCAGGAUGUGGUAUAUAGCUUUUCAAGCAAGCCACCUUGUUCUCAGGACAGGGGCUGUGUGGUGCUGUCAUUGCAGAUCGAAACUGGGGAGAAAAGAAUGUCUGCUGGGUGGGGAAGGAGCAGGUGGACUUGCUGAAUUUGCAGCCGAGCAACUGAAGAUUAAUUAGGGGCAGAUCAGUAAACAGUAUGAAAUCAGAACUGUCUCCAAAGAAUCUUAUAAAAGGGACGCUGUUGACUAUCUCAUGCCUACAAUGUUUGUUUUAAUAAAUCCUAGGAUUAGUAGAAAUGCUUUGAUCUGAACUUUUAAGAAAAUAUUUCUAUGCUGUUGGGGGCUGAAGAGGGGCAUUUAAUGGUGUUUGCAACCCAAACAUUACAGCUUUGUGUUCCUGCAUGAGAAAGGGAGUGUGAAAAGGGCAAGGCAUGUGCUGUGGGAGAUGAAUGCCACACAAAUAGCAUGAAGGGUAAAUACUUAACACUUCUAACCUUCUUUUGGCCUGAGUGAUUUGAGACUUUAUUAGUAACAUAGUUAAGAAAAAUGCUUUUUGAGCAAACGGACCUUGAUGGUGCA